AUCAUAGACGAAAAUAAAAACAAGUGGACAAGAUAGAGUCACCGGUCUCUCCUUCGCAAUGGCUGCUCGCUUCGGUAUCCUGGCCAGGUCCUUCUCCACCUCUGUGGCGCGCCAGCAGCUGGUGCAGCCGCCGAUCCAGGUGUUCGGUUUGGAGGGCCGCUACGCCACUGCCCUCUACUCUGCCGCCUCCAAGAAGAAGGCCAUUGAUGCUGUUGAUAAGGACCUCAAGGAAUUUUCUGCGCUGCUGAAGACCGACGGCCAGCUGAAGGAGUUCAUCCUGAACCCUCUGCUCAGCAAGGACCUCAAGAAGGAAGCCAUCACCUCAGUCCUCACCAAGAAGAAUGCCAGUCCUCUCACAGCUAACCUCCUCAAUGCCCUUGUGGAGAAUGGCCGCUCCUCCAACAUUGAGGGUGUGGUCAAUGCAUUCAGCACCAUCAUGGCAGCCGUGCGAGGGGAGGUGAUCUGUGAGGUCACCACUGCCAAGCCCCUGGACGCCCCCGCCAUGAAGGAGCUGGAGGCCACACUGAAGGCAUUUACCAAGUCCGGGGAGACCAUCAAGGUGACAACCAAGGUGGACCCAUCCAUCAUUGGAGGCAUGCUGGUUUCUAUUGGUGACAAGUACAUCGACAUGUCCAUGGCCAGCAAGAUUAACCGCUACACGGCACUCCUCCAAGAGGCAGUCUAGGGUGUCUGGGCGUUCCCUUCAACUUGUACAGAAAUAUAAUUAUUAUUACAGUCAAAGGUGUUUACUGUUAAUGACAAAACAUCCACCAUUCCUGGAAACUUGAGUAGCGUGGGAGUCUUCAAGUAGAGACGCACCAUAACCACCACUCACCAGAAUUGAUAUCCUCAUGAAUUCUGAAUGUAUAUGUGAAAAUAAUUACUUUAUAGAA